AAGGCAGCUCUGCCUACAGACAAGAAGACUGAACAAUUACCUGAAAAAGAAUCAGCUCCACCACCAGGAAGGAAAUCAGCAUCGGCAUCUGACAAGAAGUCGACACCUCUACCCGAUCAAUCAUCAGCAAGCAAACAAGCAAGCAAACAAGCAAGCAAGCAACCACCAGACAAAGAACUGAAACAACCACCAGGCAAAGACACAAAACAACAAGUGGACAAGGGAUUAAAACAACCGCUGGACAAAGACCCAAAAAGACCAAAAGUUAAAGACAAAAGAGGACUUUCAAAAACGCCUUACCAAUUAGAACUUAAUGAAGAGGCAAUCAAGGCAAUAUCGCAGGUAAUUGUGGCUCUCAUUUUGGAUAGAUUUGGCUUAUCAAAUGUAAAAGAAGCAGAAGACUACAUGGCACAGCAAGAAAGAAAACAACAACAUUCAGGUGAUUUGGAUAGAUCCGGUUUGACUUCUCGUCCUCUUGGAAAGAAUUUGCCUGUCAAUUUGACACCAGCUGAUUUGAUGUCAACCAAGAUUUUGCCUCCGAUAUCAGCUUCAGAUUCUGCUCAAAAGCAAGAGAAAUAUGUGAAUGCUACAAAAGCAAUAGCAGAUGCAAUUUCAUCAAAUCAGUUACACAUUGAAUUGAUAUGGAUAAAGUCACCUGCUACUGUAACAAGGUUAGACAAAGUGGUUUCAAGCUCAGAGAUCAAGCUAGCCUCUGGUGAUCUCAUUACUAAUGUCGUGGAAGCCAUUUUCAAUGGUACGGAUGCCAAAAGAUUACAAGCAGGCAAAAAAUCUUGGAGACCAACAUCAAAAACAAAGCAACGGGGUAAAAUUGCUCAGCCCCAAACUCUACCAGUGCUUUCAGAGAACUCAAUGCUGUUAGUAACUGAAGUCGCUGAGGAACUAGUUCGCAAACUAUUGCAUAAGUGUCUUAUAUUUCAAGAUAAAACCACAACUGAAGGUCAGAUUGGAGCUGCUACCUCAGUUGUGCCGGAAUCACAGUAUGAGAGACUCUUCAGUAUAAUAAUGAAAUCAGUUACUGAUAUUUUAGCAGGUAAAUUAAAUCUACCAAAUGAAAACGUGAUAGCUUCAACUAAGGUUCUUCCCAAACAUCAAACCUUAAAAACUGAAAUGAGUACCUCUGAUUUAAUGCCUGAAACCGCAGUGAGGUUGGAGAAGCCAGCGGCCACCACUGAAAUAGCUGUAAAAGGAAAGUCAACUUAUUUAGAAGAAACCAGAUUAACUUCGGAUGUUGCGUCCCAGAAAUAUCCAGGAAAGAUUUAUAUGGGGCCAGAAAUCAUUAUUAAAAAGCUGCCUAAAAGACGCAGAUUAUCUUUGAGUAAGAUUGUAAUUAGUCCCACAAAGUCUCUUUCUUCUGAAAGUCAAAAAUUAGGAAAGAAACCAGAACACCUGCCGGAAGCAAUUCCAAAAUCAAAAAAGCCUGUCACGACAAAAAAGAAUCUUUCCAGAAAAUCUUCAUUUAAUCAAAAUGUGGAUAGACUACCACUUUUCCACAAAAUAAAAGAAAUAAAAGUAAUAAAGGAUGAGAAGACAGAGAAAAUUGCAGUUCAUAGCAAACCAGCGCAUAAGCCUACUGAACUUGAUAAUAAACCUCUUCAAGAAACACUUGAUAAUAAAUCUGCUUCACAUGCACGUGAUUCAAAAGAUAAUAAAACUAUUCAAGAAUCAUUUGACCUUCUUGAUGAUAGACUUGUAAGAUUACUCACAGCUCAACUUAAAUGUGAGAUUUCAGAAAUGGUUUCAACCCAAGCAAAAGUAGGUGCUGACACUACAAGGACUUCAGAAACUGAUAAACCAGAUGUUGUUAAUGAUACUUGCCGUGACCUUAUUCCAGGAGAUACUUCAGCAACUGUUAUGGAUCACAUCAAAAAAUUAAUUGGCCUUUCACUGCAUUCACUGGAACAAAAGCCUGAGACCAAGAAGCAACAAAUAUGUGCUAAUAAAUCAACAGAGACAACAAAUGCUGCUGGAGAAUUCACUGAGUGUUUUGUAAAGCUUUUCAAUGAAAUGACAGGCUCGGUAUCCCAGUCAUGUAAGUUAGGCCUUACUUCUCCAGAUUUCUUAAAUGCAAUUUAUUAUGAAAUAAAGAAAUCAUUGGCAUGCUAUAGAGAGCAAAUAUGCGAAUCAUGUCAAGUAGCAAAACACAUCGAAUUACCAAGUGAAGGGAAAAGGCACAUUAGUACGCUUGGUGAUCAAGUCACAAACCGUCUUCAUGAAAUACUGCAAACAAAAACUGAGAUGCUUGCCUCAAGUUGUAAAGAUGUAACAGAACAGAAGACAACAGAGACGGCAAAACUAAUGAAGGAGGAACUGAUAAAGUUUGCUUUACAGCAGCUAUUAAGUGAUGAAAAAUUUUCACAGGAAAUUACAAAUAUCAUCACUGAAGAAAGAAAAGUAAUUUCACCUCCAGCAAGCAAUCUUACAUCCAUUGUUAGUCCAGAAGUUUCGAACGAUAUUGUUUUAAAAAUGAUUGCUAUUUUACUUGACAAGGUGGAUUCCUCUUUAAGCUUUGUACCACUUCAAGAUGAAGUGAAUGAUGUUUCUCAAGAACUUGUGAAUGCCAUCAUUGGAGAGGUGGAAAAGAAAUACGCUUGUACGGAUUCAUUGGAAGUUGAUUUAUGCAGAGAUGAAAGUUUGGCUGAACCAAUCACAAAGAAGACAGUUCAAAUCAUUUGCUUUGCCAGGAUGCUUACUACAAUUAACUUUGUGAGUAGGGUCACUGAACAAGUAAAGAAAAUUCUUUGUUUGAAACCAAUAAUGCAAAAUCAGGUAGUUCUCAAAACGCCUGUGAAACACAAGGAAAUUUGCUUAGAGUUUGGAACCGAGCCUGUUGCUUCAUAUUUUAACUUAAUUUCAGUAGACCUUGUCAGAUUUGUUUUGGAAAGGAUUAAAAAGUCCAUCAGUUGUUCUGCAUCCUCAAAUGAUACUCAAUUCUAUCAAUCGCAAACAACAAGUAGUGAAAUAUCAGUUUUUGAUACUAGUUCAAAGGACACUGCUGCCCCAACAAUCAGUAGUGGACAGUCAUCUUGCAGCUCAAAAGCAAGUAAAAAGAGAAUAUCAUUCAGCCUACCACAAGAAUCAAUCUGUGAAAAAAUAUAUUUGAGUAGCAUUUCACCAAUAAUUGAUAGUGUGGCUGAGGAAAUGCCAGAUGAUGUGUGUCACUAUACGCCUGGCAUUUCUGGCUUGACAAAGAUGUCUGAAGCAUUGGUUGAGAAUAUAGUUGGCGCAGUACUGACUUCAGAACCAUCAAAUGAAGAAACAGGUGUAUGCCAGUUUGUUAAAACACCUGUUUCACUCGAUGAAGAUGUGGCAAGUAAAUUAGUACAGUACAUUUUAGAUGAAAAAAAGAAAUGUCAGGUUACAGAUACUGUUUUUUCUGAAUCCUCUGAAUCGUUUUCAGAUCAGAGAGCCGAAAAAAUUGUUUCUGGAACAAUUGAAGAAAUUGGACCGAGCUACUUUCUUCCACAAGACGAUUCAGGUGAAAAACAGAUUUACAGGGAAGAAGAAACAAUUUGUACGUGUCACUAUCAAGAUAUAAAAAUAUGUCCAGAACCUGAACAAACUGAAAAUAUUCAUGUGGUAAUGCAGCCCCAUGUCGUGAAAUCAAUCACUGAUUAUGUAAAGCAGAGUGUAUAUCAAACCCAAUUAGAUCAGCUCUGUGGGUCUCAGGAAGAAGAUGCAUUUAAAAACGAUACAACUAGGCAAGAACUGCAGGAUUUUUUCCUUGAACAAGUAACUAAAGAUAAUAUACAGAAAGUCAUAGAGUGCAAAAAACAGACCCCAUUCAUUGGUAAGCCACAAUCGGAAUGGGUACCACUGGAAGAGGUGAAAAGUAAGGAAAAUGUGUACACAGCUGACAGUAGUCUUGAAUGUGAUUCAGUGUGCCCACUAACUCGAAAAGAAACUAUUGUAUCAUGGAUCUCAUCACCACCAGUCUGUGAUAAAAAACUUGAUGAUGAAAGUUUUGUUUCAGUUGAUCAAUUACAUAAAAUGUUAUGUAUGGAAGGAGAGAAGAGUAUGGCACGUGUAACAGAUUCAAUUUUACAAGCUCCAAUGGUUGAACCUGCUCAAAUGACAAAAAUGUCUCCGUUGCAUCUGCUGUCAGAUACAGUUAUGUCAAAUAGAUUCCAAGAAUUAGAAAGCAGUUUUAAACAGCCAUGUGUCUGCCAAUUCAAACCUAUGGAAGCUGAUAUCUGUAAACUCCCUGACGAGCAGAGAAGCAGCCUAUUACAAUUCUCAGACAAUGAGAAUAUAUGUGCAAUGACAGCCUUUGAGGCACCAGCUUCAGAAACUAUGGGUCCAUAUAUUUCCACCUGUACAUGUCCACUACAUUCUCGAGGCAGAAAGCUUUCAGUCUGUUCAAGUUCAACUGGAAGCAGUGAAGCAGAAAGUCUUGUUCAAACAGCUCUAUGUAACAUCUGGGCUGACGUUCCUUAUGAAAAACAACUGGGUUCAGAGGCAAGUGAACAUGAUAAGGCACACUCGAGUGAAAGCUCUAUUGUUCUGGACGAUUUGUCUGAGGAAUUAUUAACAGAUGCAUUGGUUUCCAUUUUCUCAAAUAUGAUAGAUUCACUUUUGCAGGAAUCAUCGGACAAAACAAGUCCAUCGUCUUCCCAAUUAAAUUUGCUUUCAGAAAAUAUAGUUUCAGAUGUUAUGCAAGGAUUAAAGCAAAGCCCUGUGUCUUCUUAUUCUUCUGUAUUUAUCCCGUCAUCAAGUGAUUCAUCUGGCAAAGACACCAGUCCACAGGGAAUGUUUAAAAAAGAUAAUUUACGGAAGCAAACACUUGAUGACCCACAAGUUUCAGGAAAAAAGGGCCCUUCAGGUAAAAUUGCACAGAAACGUGCAGAGAAAGAGAUUUCUUCUGCUUCCACUGUAGCAGAUGAUGCAUCUGUUUCGACUGUAAGUAGAGAUGCAGAUCAUUUAGUUCAAGAAGUUCUUAAUGAUAUUUCAAGCAAGCAUCACAAGGACACAUAUAGCUCCAAGCUACUUCAACGUGAAAAGGUACAACAGAAAAGAGCGACUGAAUCAGCAGUAUCCAGUGAAAGUUCUAGCUCAUUAAAUGAAUUAGUUGGAGGGUUGUCAAAAGAGGAUUUUGCUACCAUUUAUUCUUAUGUUACAGAUAUACUUUUACAUAAAUCAUUUGCGAAACCACAUCAUAGAAAAACUCGUUCUCAAUCAAGUUUACUUUCAGAAAAAAUGGUAGCAGAUAUUUUGCAAGAUUUACAAACCAGUCCUGAAGUGACUAGUUCCUCCUCAUAUAAGCCUUCAAUGGAAGAAGCCAGUAUAAGCAACGAUAUUGCUGCAGAACUGCCAGUUCUCGCAAUAGAAGCUGCACAUGAAGGACUACAGACAUCUGACCUCUCUUCCGGAGAGACAUCAACAACCCCAAGUGAAGCAGAAGAUCUGGUUCAUAUUGCUUUGAACGAUUUGUCAAUUACAGACUUUCUGAAAAUUGAUGGAGAGAUAUCCGUGAAUAUUAUCCCACAUAUGAACAAAACAGAAUUCAGAUUAAACCCAGAAUUAAUUGGGAAGCAUUUGUCUGUAAUUUCAAUAAAAACUGAGCCAAUUGAGGUACUUGAGCAAAUAACUCUGCUUCAAACUGGUCAAGAUUUAAAAGAAAUUCGUAAAGCAUCAAUAGCAAAUACAGCAAUGCCAACAAUGGCCAUGCAAGACAGGCGUGUUAGUUUUGAGAGAUCAGGAGGAUCAUUAAGAAGAGGCUCUUUGGAUGAUCUCGGUAGAUUAGAUGUCAAACGAAAUGAGGUGAUUGCAAGAAACUCCUUUGUAAGUUUGCACAAACCUGAUCUUUCGAAAGUAGAACUUCUAAAAGAUGUGCACACAAAUAGAGAAUUAGCAAUGCGUCUGGUAGCACAUGAUGCCCCACAAGAUCCAAAUCUUGAUGACGAGAAUGAAGAUACAGAUGAAGAGAUAGAAAUUCAUCAAGGCAUCGAGGAGGAUGUAAUUCGCCAAGAUGUUGGUAUGUUUCAUAUUGACACAGCUAUAGAAGAACGUGCAGUUUCUGAGGGAGGUAUUAUAGAAGAUAACAUUGUGAAAGAUGAAUUACAUAAACCAUCACUCAAGAGGGUGGACAGUAUUGGUGAUAAAACAGUUAAUGACUAUUCAGUUGAAAAACUCCGAUAUAACAAUGCACAAUAUGAGAGAAGACAAAGUUUUGAAGCUUUCAUGGAACUUCUGCGCAGGAGAGCAGAGCAAGAAGAUGGAAAUGAACGAAUAUCACUGCAUGGCUGGUAUUCUCUAUAUGAAAAUGUAAAGAAUAUUCCUUCAACUUCUGCAAGGGAACACAAUACCGUCAGUGGGGCUGGAAGAGAGAUACAUUCAGAAAGUCAUAUUCCGCAUCCACCACAAGAAAGGAGGCCAAAGGCAAAAGAAACCAGCCGUGUACGCUUUGACCCCAAGGCCUUUCCUUCAAAGAUUUCCAGCAUGACCAUCACAGAAAAGACCGAAAAAGACCCUAAACAGCAAUCAAAGCCACCACCAAAAUAAAGUGCAGAAUUUCCACAAAGGUUAAAUAUCAACAGGAUUAAAGCUGAAUUACAAAAUGUAAUAGCAAAUAAAGCUAACCACCUUCAAUAACUGUCUUUGAAAAUUUACUUCCUGUGUUAUUCUGGAAAGUAUUAUUGCAAGCAAAUGGAAUUGUGAGAGUUUAGGAUUACAAUUGUUGCCUGCUCUCCCCCGGAUACUAAGUCAAAAUGAUGAGUAGAUGACCUUCAGUUCAAGUAGAAAUACUGGAUGCAAAUUACUGAACAGAAAGGAAGUGGUCAAGAGGUCAGAGAAAACAAAGUUAGUGCUUCAGGUCAAUGACCAAGCUCAGGGGCACUGACUG